GUUGUAGGAAAUACUGCAAUUAUACGUGCUCGAAGGGACACGUGGAAAAUGUCCAUGGAUGUAUUAGCCUCUAACUAAAUUGUCACCAACAGUGCUAUGGUUUUUGCGAUUUACUAACCGGGAAUAAGAAUUUAACGAGGGGCACGUGAAUGCAACAUACGUACGCACUUCAGACCGCUGCCUGUUGUGGCUCGUUACUAACUUGGGACAGAGAUGUCUACUGCACUGAGUCUGCGUCUUUUCCACUGCUACUCAAAGCCAGGCCCAUUUGGAUAUGGUCCUGGUGCCAUUCGCCCAUUCAUUCUCAGUGUGCAGAGAGAGGGCUACAAGUAUGUAAAUGCUCAGGAGCUGCCAACAGACCUGAGGUCCAUCACUGACCGGGCUGCAACAACCCUCCUUUGGACUGAACUUUUUAGAGGUUUGGCGAUGACCAUGAGUUACCUGUUCCGUGAACCUGCCACCAUCAACUACCCGUUUGAGAAGGGCCCUCUGUCACCCCGCUUCCGUGGAGAGCACGCUCUCCGCCGCUACCCUAAUGGAGAGGAGCGCUGCAUCGCCUGUAAGCUGUGUGAGGCCGUCUGCCCUGCUCAGGCCAUUACCAUUGAAGCGGAGACUCGAGCUGAUGGCAGCAGGAGGACUACACGCUAUGACAUUGAUAUGACCAAAUGUAUCUACUGUGGCUUCUGCCAGGAAGCCUGUCCUGUUGAUGCCAUUGUUGAGGGUCCAAACUUUGAGUUCUCCACAGAGACCCACGAGGAGUUGCUGUACAACAAAGAGAAGCUGCUCAACAAUGGAGACCGAUGGGAGGCGGAGAUAGCAGCCAACAUACAUGCAGACUACUUGUACAGAUAAAUGUUUACACUGCCCGCAAAGAUUUGUCACAAUAUGAAAGUUAUAUUUCUUAUCAUCCUCCUAUCCAUUGAGAUUAAGUGUAGUUUAAAAGAUAUUCCAGUGAGUUUCAAAUGAGCAGUGAAGCUUUGCAGCCUCAGAUUAUGUUGUUAGAACUGUGAAAAAAUAUAUAAAAAUGCACAAAUCAUGUCUUAUGUUAUAAAGAUGGAUGAUGUUGUACUUUAUGACGUUGACUUUAUAGUCUGUAACACAUGUAGCCUAUGUACAGUCUAUUAUGUAUUAUUUUCUGCUGCACUUUAAAAGCUGGUUUUAGAUAGAUAGAUAGAUAGAUAGAUAAAUAGAUAGAUAGAUAGAUAGAUAGAUAGAUACUUUAUUGAUUCCAAAGGGGAAAUUCAAGGUCCCAGUAGCUUGAAGACAUCACACACAACAUACACAUACAUCAUAAACAAGACGAUAAAACAACAAAUCCAAAUGGAUAAUUUGGACAAUAAAAGAAAAAAUACUAAAACAAAAAUCCACAUGAAUGUACUUAGGGAUGUAUAACAAUGAGACGCUUGCAGUGACAGGGCAGGGACUGACCCUGUGAUUCAGUAUGCAUGGUAAAGUAAGGUUUUAUCUGACAUAGGUAGGACAUUUCUAAAAGAAUAUAUGUAUGUAAUGUUAUGGUAUUUAAGAUAUUGAAAUAAAUCAUGUUUUAAAACUUCAA